AUGAAAUUGUAUUGGAUGACAGCAGUUAGUGGUUUAUUCUGGUGCAGUUGGGCAAGACCAAUAAUAUUCUCGGAGGACAGCAUUGGAUCAUCAUCUCCCCUUUCUACUAUCUCUGCGUCUGCGUCUGACUCUGCUUCUAGUAUCGGUUCUGGUUCUGGUUACAAUAAUGCUGGUGGUGGUGGUAUCGGUGGUGCUUACGAUGAUAGCAAUAAUAAUAAUGAUGGUGUGGCUAGUUUGAAUCGUGCUAAAUUUGGAUUGGAUAUCCUCAAGGGGGCCCAUUACACCCUUGAAAGUACCAAGAAUACAUUGCCAGUCAUCAGCCACGAUUAA